CCGCGGCUAGCUCCCGCGCAUGCGCAGUAAGGUCCAGCCGUCAGCUGUUUCAGUGACGGACCGCACCGGAAGUGACGCAUGUUUUGAGGUGGCGGGAACGUGUUGAAGAUAUGACUGAGAGCAGUGCUGCCCCCUGUGCCCGCCUGGAGCUCCACACUCUGUCCUCGGCCGCCCAGGAGCCCCUCCACCUCCUUCCCUGUGUGAUCCAGAGACAGGGUCCGGCCAAAGUCACUGAGUACUUCACCCCGGCCAUCAGAGAGGCCCAUGGAGGUAAAGAGGUCUCAUUCAGAGGCAGAGUGCUCCGAGGUCAGGAGGUUACGGUCCCUGAAGGUUAUAUGGGGAUUGUCCUGAAGGAGGAUAAUAAACCUUUCUCUGAGGAAGAGGAUCGUUCACUGACAGUCAGAACCACUUUCCAGUCUUUUAUACAAUGGAACCUGGAAACGCCACCAUCAGCAGACGAUGUUCUAGUGAGGUCACUAGCAUGGCCGAAAAUUGCUGCUGCGGUCCAUACACCGGUUGAUUAGAAGGUCACAUUUCUGUCUAUCAAGAUGUAUUGUUCCAGUAAAUAUUUUGCAUAUGUAAAUAUAUCAUGCAUUUCAUUGCUCAUAAAUGUUGGCAAAUAGUAUACUGCAGCUGUACUUGGGCACCGAAAGUGUGUGAAGUUGAAUAUUUUUUUUUAAAUAAAAGAAAAGUGGUAAAACUGU